AUGGACAGCUUUGAACACGCUGAGUCUGUUUCUGAUGCGUAUCCCGAACGAGGAUGGAAAGCCUAUGGCGUCACUCUUGGCGCCUGGUUCAUUCUCUUUCCAGCCUCAGGCCUCCUCAAUUCUACCGGUAUCUUUCAGGCUUGGCUGCUGGGGAAUGAUCUCAAAAUGUACAGAGAAAGUGAGGUUGCAUGGAUAUUCAGUGUAUUUGCCUUUUUGUUCUUUUUUGGGGGGUUUUUCGUCGGCCCGUUGUUUGACAAGUUUGGCCCCAAGAUUCUUCUCCCCACAGGAACUGUCGGCGUUGUGACUGCCUUCAUAUGUGGUAGUUUUUGCAAGAGCUAUUAUCAAUACAUGCUCGCUUUGGGUUGCCUCGGCGGUGGAGCAUCGUCUAUUCUGUGGACUUCAAGUAUCGCAACCCUUGGCCACUGGUUCCAACAGAAUCGAGCUCUAGCGACAGGUCUGGCAACAACUGCAGGUGGCGUGGGAGGGGUUGCUUUCCCUCUGCUGUUCGGACGGCUGUCACAAAAAGUGGGAUUUCUUUGGACCAUGCGCUGCUUCGCGCUCAUCAGCACACUCUGUUUUGUCCUGGGCUUGUCCCUGUUGCGAACACGUCUACCCCGCAACUCGCAGGCUCGACUAGUUCUCGACUGGCGCGGAUUCGCAGAUCUUCGCUUUGUACUUACCAUGAUGGCUAUAUUCAUCUUGGAUUGGGCAGUGUUGGUGCCGCCAGCGUACAUCACCUUGUAUGCCACCACUGAGAACCUACACCAGAUUUCACAGCACAUACUUGCUGUUCUCAACGCAGCUUCGAUUCUCGGACGGUGUCUGCCAGGAUUUAUCGCUGACAAGGUUGGACGAUUCAAUGUCAUGAUAGUCUGUUCUGCAAUGUGCACGCUGUCCAUUCUGGGACUCUGGCUCCUUCUCGGAUCUCGCAUGGCUGGAUUGCUUUCUUUCGCCGUGAUAUAUGGGUUCUUUAGUGGUUCAGCUUACAGCCUCACACCAGUAUGUGUUGCUCAACUCUGCAGGACGGAGGAAUACGCGAGUCGAUACGGCACAGCCUACGGAGUCGUCAGCGUUGCGACGUUGGCGGGAGUCCCCAUUUCCGGCAACAUUUUGAGAACAGGCAACGGAGAAAAUUAUAGCGCACUCAUCUGGUUCUGUGGUGCUGCAUAUGCCGCAUCAGCUGCGGUUUUCAUACUCGCUCGUGGUUUCGGUGUUGGUUGGAGUCCUGCUAUCAAGUUUUGA